AGAGGAGAGGCCUUUGUUGACUGGGUUUGCGUGUUCGGAGCAGAAUUUUCGCGUCGCAAAACAGGCAGAAACUUUCAAUAAUGGCAGAUAUUGAACAAGAGUCCGGCGAUAAUCAGGAGAUAUUGGCGACCGACGCUGAGAACGAAAGCGAAUUUCACGAAAAUACCAACGGCGUGAAAAUCGACGGGGAUGAAACCGGGCAGGAGAAGUCGGAUCUCAAGGAGAGAGCUGGAAGCAGGAGACCAAACCGCUUUCAGCCUUAUUCUAAGGACAAAGUCGGCGAUAAGAAGGGUUCCCACAGGAACCGGGUGUUCAUCAGCAACAUUCCCUAUGACAUGAAGUGGCAGGCCAUCAAAGAUCUCAUGCGACAGAAAGUCGGUGAGGUUACAUACGUGGAGCUCUUUAAGGAUGCUGAAGGGAAGUCAAGGGGCUAUGGUGUUGUGGAGUUCAAAGAUGAAGAAUUUGUGAAGAAGGCAAUUGAAGUCAUGAACCGAUAUGAUCUUAAUGGCAGACCUCUGAAUAUCAAGGAGGAUCCUGACGGUGAGCACGCCCGUAGGAUGCUGCAGCGCGCAGUUGGAAUGUAUCCCGGUGGCUGUGGCCCAGAAGGACUCCGUAGCGGGAUGAACUUCCCUCCUUCCAUUAUCAACAACCCCAACGUUCCCCCUGAGAUUAUCCAUUCCCUACAGGCAGGGAGGCUGGGCUCUACUGUGUUUGUGGCCAAUCUUGAUUUCAAAGUUGGCUGGAAGAAGCUUAAGGAGGUGUUCAGCAUGGCAGGAGUGGUUAAAAGGGCUGAUGUCAAGGAAGAAAAAAACGGCAAGAGCCGUGGCAUGGGGACUGUGACCUUCGAGGAGGCAUUUGAAGCAGUGCAGGCUGUCUCCAUGUUCAACGGUCAGAUGUUGUUUGAUAGGCCCAUGCUUGUGAAGAUGGAUGAUAAGUCUCUACCCCUGGAUGACUUCCACUCGGUAGAAAAAACACCUCAGUUGCCCAGGGGUCUUGGAGGUGUCGGCAUGGGACUUGGCCCUGGUGGGCAGCCGAUCAGCACCAGCCAACUGAGCAGCGGUGGAGCAAUGGGGAGUAUGGGACGAGGAGCAGGCAUGGAUGGGCCUGGAUAUGGAGGAAUGAAUCGAAUGGGAGGCAUGAGUGGCGGAGGUUUUAAUAGCAUGGAUGGAAUGGGCGGCUUUGGUGGAAGGGAUAUGGCCAUGGGCAGAAUGGGAGGGAUGGAUGACUACAGGGGUGGCCCAGGCAUGGGUGGAAUGGGCCUUCGCGGUGGAAUGGGCAGUAACAUGGGCAACAGUAUGGGAGACAUGUACCCUUCUGGAAUGGGAAGCAUGAACCGUGACUUUGGCAGGAACGAUAUGCCAAUGAAUCGAGGUUAUGGGGACUCUUUUGGAGGAAUGGGAGGAAUGGGAAACUAUGGUGGUGGAAUGGGCAGCACGAGUGGCGGGCCUAUGGGAUCUGGCAUGGGUGGUGUCAUGGGAAAUAUGGGUAUGGACCGAAUGGGCUCUAACUUCGACCGGGUUGGCAUGGAUGCGAACCGUGGAUUUGGAGGAUUCGGAGGUGGCUCUGGCCAGAUGGGCGGUGGAAAUCUUGACAGGGGAUCCAGGUCAAAAGUGGGUUGCCAGAUAUUUGUGCGGAAUCUUCCUUAUGAUCUGACAUGGCAGAAGCUGAAGGAAAAAUUCAGUCACUGUGGUCAGGUGAUGUUUGCUGAAAUAAAGAUGGAGAACGGAAGGUCCAAAGGUUGUGGCACAGUGCGCUUUGACUCUCCCGAGAGCGCGGAGCAGGCCUGUCGACUGAUGAACGGCAUCAAAAUCAAUGGCAGGGAGGUGGAUGUCCGUCUUGACCGGAAUGCUUGAAUCUCAGUAGUGCUUGCCAUGUCUGAAAUGCCCCUUCUCGCUUUUGGUUUUGUUUUAAAAACACAUUUCCCUAGUCCUUGAUGUUGUACUACAAUCUUAGUUAUUAUUGCCAGUUCCUUUGUUUAUAUAAUGAAUUCAGUUUUUUAAUCCUUUUAAAUUUGUGGGCUCUCAGUUUAUUUGGAAAAA